AUGGAGGUGGCGCGUCAACGCGUCGAUGUGAGACCUCUUACUAAUGGAGGGCCGCCAAGAAAAACCCAACCACUUCUUCCAACUAGAUCAUUAUCACCGAGAAAAACGAUUCAAGAAGAAGUACAGCCAUCUACCUCAGAAAUUUGGGAGAAAAAAGAAGAUUUGGGAAAAUUAUCGAAAAAAGUGGCAAGAAAAAAGGAAAAUGGAGAUAUUGGAGUCAUUCUACGAGUGCCAACUGAAGAAGAGAUCCCAAAAUUGCCACAAAAUGGAGCACUUAGAAAUCAUUUGCGAAUCCCGAAUGGAGAUGUUGACAAUAGUCGAAAAGAGACAGUGCACACGUAUGACUUUGGUGAUGAUCCAAUGCCGCCGGAUACCUGUUGUUGUGGAAAAUUCUUUAUUUUAAGAGGCUGUCGUUUCGUCGCAAUUAUUAGCUUAAUAUCAGUGCUUGCGAACACUGUACUUUAUGCGUUUGGAUUCACGAGAUUUGGUGUAUCAGCUUGGAUUGAAAUCGGUGUCUUGGUGCUCGAGUUUCUCACAAUUUUCAUGCUCUUUUGUGGUUUGGCAAGAAAAAGAUCCGGCUUUCUUAAACCAUAUCUUUUUUUCAAUACAAUAUGGGCGAUAUGUCUUUGUAUUUUGUUUAUUAUGUGUUUAUGGCAAUUGAUACGAGGAGGCAAUCUAUCAGCAAAUCUUUGGCGUAAUCUAAAAGCUCUUAAAUCGCAAUCCGAUCAAGAACGAAUUAGAGAUGUUUAUCGAAAAAAAGAAGAUAUAAAUGCUGCUUUACUCGGCAUGGCUACAGCCACCGCAAUGACCGCUCUAGCCUCGCUUAUCGUUGUCGAUUUCCUUUUUGUACAGAUCGUUUACCGAACAUUUCACUAUCUCGCCUAUAAAGAGGACAAAGCAAAAGAAGACAAUGUGGGCUCGCAAAAUUGC